AUGCCAAACGUGCAGCCUUUCAAUACCAAUACCAACUCCUUCGAGGGUUCUAUUGAUUGGAAUGACCCUGCGCUAUAUCAUUCACUCCAGUCUCUUUCGGACCUGCUACAUGGCCACCCUGACAUGCAAGACACACUCAGGCUCUUGCCUGCAGUACCUCAAAAUGAUGCACAAAUACCUCGAAAUGACGUGCCAGACACACCUAGCAUGUGCACUAACUGGGACAUGCUCUUGCCUGCAGUACCUCAAAACAACGUGUCAAACACGGUCCCUAGCACAGGCACAUCACCCCACACUAACUGGGAUAUGUUGUAUACCACAGAGAUCAGUGCUGAUGCCAACAACUCCUCCUGGGCUGCAAGAAAUUCAAACUGUCCUAUGCUGACCCCCCGCGCUCCGCUGAAUGCAGCUCAGAAGGCUCAAGCGAAGGCAUGGAAAGCUUCCUGCAAGCUUUCUGCUGAACAGCGGAGGGAGGCUGAAGAUGCCCUAACUACUGCAAUUCAAUGGCUCCUUGCAGAUGAAAACAAGAAGAUCAGCACCCUUGCUCUCGAACACGGCAAACAUUACAAAGCAAAUCGGAACGUACAACUAGCCAACACCCUUAUACAUGCAAAAGCACAGGAAGUUAAUGCAGACCGACCUCAUGGUGCGAAAUAUUUGCUUGAUGAGAUCCGAGACCUGGUGAAGGAGGAUCAUAGUAUGCACAAUCUGACCCCCAAAGAACAACAGGAAUACAUCAACAAACUCAAUGAGCAUCGUGCUCUUCAAAACAUGAGUAUUCGCGCAACUAACACCGCCGCAGCGCGUGAUGUCCAGUCAACAUUAGACAAUGUCUUCAAGAUGAUAGCCUUGCAGUUCGAACGGGGGUUUAUGUGUGUCUCUUUGCCUCACGUGGACAUAUAUGACACCACCCAGGCAACGUGGUUCGGGACAGAUAAUAUGAUGGACUUCUGGGAGGAUGUCCUCCAAAUGGAGGCCGAUGAAAUCACGCAAAAGCUGGAGCAAUGGGCGUGCAUGUCGGACAUUGACGAGCGUGAGACGGUGCAAAUCAUGCAACGUGUUUGCACUCGUCUGCUUAAUUCUGGGCUAAGAACUAUAAUUAAGAGACAGGAUGUUCGUAUCAACUACACAAACUUCGGCACUGCCAUUAAAGAGAAGCUUGGGAUUGAUCUGAAAGGCUGGCCCGAGGGCAUUCCAUUCCAAUCCCCCACCAGCCUCAAUGAUCACAACGCCCUUCUGAAGCUCCACAAUGCGCUUAAAGAUGGCUCUUGCCAUUGGUUCCACAUGUCCCCGCGUCAAAGGGAGGAAUAUAGUACUCAACUAGCCAUGCGCCGCAAGAGAGGAGAGACCAUUGGUAAGCCCCGCAAGAAGCGCUCUGAUGCUGGGGUAGCACAAAAAUGCAAUGGAAUGGAGAACGGACGCCCGAGAAAGCGUGCACAAGGGUCUGGGUUGUCUGUACAGCCUCCAAAGAGUGCAGAGUUUGUGGUCACAUCUGACGAGGAGGACAUCAGCGAGGAUGAAGCUUAG